CCCUAUUGUAAAGCCAUUUUGAAUUUGUCCCGCACGGAAGUCGUGCGUUUUGUCUUGUCCUUAAAUUUCAUCGAAGUCCCUACGCCACACUAUCCAGGAUGGGUAGGGAGGACAAGGCUACUUGGAAGUCUAACUACUUCGUUAAGAUCAUCCAACUCUUGGACGAGUACCCAAAAUGUUUCAUCGUGGGUGCCGAUAACGUGGGCUCGCAACAGAUGCAGCAGAUCCGUAUCUCGCUACGUGGCUCCAGUAUCGUGCUCAUGGGAAAAAACACUAUGAUGCGCAAAGCCAUCAAAGACCACCUGGACAACAAUCCAGCCCUCGAGAAACUGUUGCCACACAUCAAGGGCAACGUUGGCUUCGUGUUCACCCGCGGAGACCUCGUUGAGGUCCGUGACAAACUGUUGGAGAACAAAGUCCAGGCUCCAGCUCGUCCCGGUGCCAUUGCCCCAUUGUCAGUCGUCAUUCCCGCCCACAACACCGGCCUCGGUCCAGAGAAGACCUCUUUCUUCCAAGCUCUUUCCAUCCCUACCAAGAUUUCAAAGGGUACUAUUGAAAUCAUCAACGAUGUACACAUCUUGAAGCCCGGUGACAAGGUUGGAGCUUCUGAAGCCACCCUUCUCAACAUGUUGAACAUCUCUCCAUUCUCAUAUGGUCUUGUUGUUAAGCAGGUAUAUGAUUCUGGAACUAUUUUUGCACCUGAAAUUCUGGACAUCAAACCAGAAGAUCUCCGUGCCAAGUUCCAAGCUGGAGUUGCUAAUGUAGCUGCUCUUUCUUUGGCUAUUGGAUACCCAACUAUUGCUUCAGCCCCGCAUUCCAUUGCCAAUGGUUUCAAGAACCUUUUGGCCAUCGCUGCUGUCACAGAGGUUGAGUUUGAGGAAGCUACCACCAUCAAGGAGUUCAUUAAGGACCCAUCAAAGUUCGCUGCAGUUGCUGCCGCGGUGGCACCGUCCGCCGCCGCCGCUCCGGCUGAGAAGAAAGAGGAAAAGAAAGAAGAAAAAGAGGAGGAAGAAAGCGAUGACGACAUGGGCUUUGGUCUCUUCGACUAGAGCCUGUGCGUAGUAAUAGCUUAAGCCAAGCAGCCGGAGUGGACGUCCAUAUGGCAGCCGGCUUAGGCCUUACACUUCGUUUACAAUAAACUUACAAAAACUGA